AUGGAUACGAGGAAUUUUACAGAGCUUAUGAGUGAAUGUGAAUGGAAAAACUUAACAAGGCUUAAUAUUUCUGCCAACCCUUUGACUGAGGGUAUCAUACCAAUUUUAGAAGGUUUACCUUCCCUUAAAACUUUAAUUGUCAAAAUCAACUUGAUGAAGAAUGUUGAAAGAGGACUUUUACUUUCUUUAGGAUCGAAGAAAAAUAUAGAGGUUGAUUGUGCACCAACCAAGAUGAAUAUUGAACACGAAAAUGAUGUUGAACCAUAUUUCAAGUUUUUAAAUUCUUUAAUCACUCAAACUACUGACAUUGCAAAGAAGGACGGUGCCAUUUGCUCUUUCGAUUUUGAUAAGAAUCUGAAAAUUUUCAUCAAGGGUAUACAGGGAAUAUCAUACUUUCACACAGACUUCAAACCUUUCAGUACUCUUUCUUUUGUAAUUGAAUGCAAAAUAUAUAGCAACGAGACCAGUGAGAGAAAAUAUACCAAGUGUAUACCACAUUCGGAUUGUUUGGAAUGGAAUGAGGAAAUUAGUUUUGAUAACAUUCGUAUAUCAGACCUUUCUUGUGAUGGAAUGAUAGAAUUAACACUAUUCUGCUUAAUGGUAAACCCUAUUACUGGAAUAACUAAAAGAAAAUACGUGUCAAAAGUAGAAUGCCCAGUUUUCGAUUCAAAUUUGGAGCUACAACAAGGAAAUGUUAAAUUAUUUUCCAAAGAUACCACAAUAGACGGUAUUGAUACAACAUUUUCUGUUGACGUUUCAUUCGAGAAUUAUGAGCAUUCGGUCAUGUAUGAAAUAGAGAAAAUACCACCACUGAAGUUUAAAGAAUCUUUGGAAGUUUAUGAGGAAACACAAAUUGUUCUUUUUAAUAGAGUUGAACCAAUGAACUUAACAUUGAAUGAUUUACCUUCUAUGAAGGAAUGGAAACAAAAGGAUGUUAACAUUAGUAAUCCAGACAAGAUUGUACCAUUUUUGAGAAGUAUACCAUUUCAAAAUCCAUGGGCUGUAUAUUUGGCCAAACAAUAUGUAUCUAAAUGGAAAAAACCACAACACGUGAUGAAACUAUUGAGAAUUCUAUCAGAAAGUGUUUCCAACAGUGUUUUUAUCAAACUUACAAUUACAGAAAUGCUGCAAGAUACCACUGAUGAAGAUUUUUUGGUAUUGCUACCUUAUCUCACAAAUUGUAUCAAGUUUGAUAGUGUUAAUGGAGUACUGACUCAAUAUCUUGUAAGAAGAUCUCUUACAUCCAAAGUUAUUGGAAAUCAAUUUUUCUGGUUGCUGAAAGUGGAAUCACAUCGACAUCCAAUCAGCAAAUUUAUACUUUCCCAAUACAUGUCAAUGAUUAAUACUGAGGAAAAGGAAAUCAUUCAAAAUCAAUGUCUCUUUUUGGACUCAAUUGAGAAAUUAACUACGGGAGGUAUGAACGGUGAAUUUUCCAAACCACUAUUCAUACCAUUUUACAGCAUGCAUGAUGAGGUAAUGACAGUUAUUCCUUCUGUUCAAAAGUUUUCCAUAUCCAAUGUAAUACUGCAGUUCAAGAGUGGGGAAGUAUUGGAAUUGGAAUAUUCACCAUUAGAUCAAUUAUUUAACUUGAUUAUCAACAGUUUUAUUGAUGUGAACAGAUUUUGGAUUAAUGUUCCUUACACAAAUCGUAGGGUUAGAAAUUUCCCCACUGCUUUUGGAAAAGGGUUUAGUCUUGUUUCUCCAAUUCACUCACAAAGAGUUGGGGGUAAAAAUUCUAAGCUCUCUGACUUUACAACAUCAAAAUCUCAAUCAUUCAAAGAUAUUCUCUUGCAGACAGCAGCAUUUGAUGCUUUUAUUGGACAUGUUUUCGAGAGUUCAUCUCCUUCCAAAAUUUAUGUGGAUAAUGAGGGACAUUUAGAAAGAAGCCACUAUUAUCCUAAAUCUUUCCAAAGAGUAUUAGGUUUAAUAAUAUUGAUGGAGAGAAUGAUUUACAAUGAGUUAGCUGAAUAUCUGCGUAAUAAGAACUUAUUUGGACCAUUCAAACAGUUGAUCGAUGAAUUAUCAGCUAAUUUCUUAGAUAAUAUUAAUCUUAUCAUUUCUUACAUGAAACCAUUUGGCUUUUAGAAAAGAAAUCUUAUUACAGAUCUUGAAAAAAGAUUAAAGGAUCUAGAAAACUAUAAAUAUCAAUAGUAGUA